UAGUAAAUAGCGUUCGAACGAGUCAACAUUAUCAGGAAAAUUAUAAAUAUUAAAUUGAAGUUAUAAAAAGUUAUGAGAAAAUAUCAUGUAUUUGUGGAAUAUCCGAAAUAAGAAAUUCAAUUAUUCUAAUCUACAACACAUUUAUUAAAGUUCCACAGAUUUGGCUUGGUCUAUAGUGCUACAGAAUGGCUCAAUCAUUAAAUGAAGUGCAUGAUGCUGUAAAUUACAGAACUCAGUGGACUGAUGCGAUGGUGAAAUUGCUGUUAACUGAAAUAAAUAAGCAUGUAGAAUCUUUUACGAGUCCAGUAAAUAAGCAAGUGUGGAAAAACAUUGCUGCAUCCAUGAAUACUCAUGGUUACAAUUUGUCGGCGGAAAAUUGUCACGUGAAAUGGAUUGGAAUGAAAAACAAAUAUAAAAAUAUAAAAGAUGCAAAUAAUAAAACAGGCGCAGCAAAAGAAACAUGGGAAUAUUAUAAUAUUAUUAACGACAUGUUAAUUAAAAAACCAGAAAUUGCACCGUUAUCUCUAGCAUCAAGUUCACGAGGUUUUAAACUGAAUAAUACUUUAAAUACAUCUGACAGUAUAAAUAUAGAAACAAAUUGUAAUAACUAUAAUGAAGAAAACGCAUAAAAUUUAUUACAUUUCGGAUCAACUAACUUAGCACAGAAGCGAAUAAGUAGAAAAAGAAAAUCCCAAAUACCAUCUUGGGUUGAACAA